AUGGACGUAAAAGACGAAACCGAGACAAGCAACAAAGAAACCGGACCCUCGUCCAUCAAGUUCCCGAUGCUCAGUUCUUCCAACUACAUUGUUUGGGCUAUGAGGAUGAGAAUCGCCCUCAAAGUUAAUAAAGUUUGGGAAACAAUUGACCCUGGAAACAAACAUGAAGAGAAAGAAAAUAUGGCUAUUGCUUUGAUCUUUCAAUCCAUACUCGAGGCAUUAACGUUGCAAGUAGGAAAUCUCGAUACAGCCAAAGCCUUUUGGGACGCAAUUCAAAUUAGACAUGUCGGGGCUGAGAGGGUACGAGAAGUACGCUUACAAACACUAAUGGUAAAUUUCGACAAACUUAAGAUGAGGGAAGAAGAUAGCAUUGAUACAUUCAUCGGAAAGUUAACCGAAAUCUCAUCAAAAUCAGCCUCUCUAGGAGAGGACGUGAACCAAAACUUGUCAAGAAAACAAGUUUUGGAUCUUAAUACAACUAGCUUUGAAGAUAUAGUUGGAAGAUUGAAGGCAUAUGAAGAGAGAAUAAGCGAAGAAGAGGAAGAACAGAAUGACGAUCACGGGAAGCUGAUGUAUGCUAAUAUUGAAACUCAGCAAGAGAGUUAUGGGAAUAAUAGAGGAAGAGGACGUGGUGGACGAGGCAACUGGAGAGGAUGUAGAGGCCAAGGACGUUUUGGAGGAUUCCAUACUCGGAAAGAUGCUUGGAAACAGGGUCAAAACAGAGAUAAAAGUCACAUAACAUGCUUCGGUUGUGACAAGCUCGGUCAUUAUGCAUCUGAGUUCCCUGAUAAGUUGCUUAAGUUACAAGAAACAGUUGAGAAGAAGGAUAAAGAUACACAAGAAGCGGAUAAGCUAAUGAUGCAUGAAGUGGUGUAUCUUAAUGAACAAAAGGUGAGACCAACCAUCUUUGAGACUGAACAAAACAUGGAGAACUUGUGGUAUCUAGACAAUGGAGCAAGCAAUCACAUGAGCAGAAAUCGAUUGUUCUUCUACAAACUUGAUGAAGACGUUACAGGAAAGGUCCGCUUUGGUGACGAUACAUCGACAUCAAAGGAAAAGGUUCAAUCAGGUUUGUACUAA